CACUUUAAUCGAGCCUAUCAACAGUGUACCGCCGGGAUCAGUCUCCAGGCUACCCAAAUUCAUGGGGUUGGAAAGGCAGUGAGUGAAUGAACGUUUAUUUUUGUAGUGAUCGACUGAUUUUUUAUUCCACGCGCCACCUCGUAUAAGAACUAUACACAUUUACGCGAUGGAAGAGUCAAACAUACAAAAAUUCUACAAGUCGUGCAACGUCUUCAUCACGGGCGGCACUGGAUUUAUGGGCAAGCUGCUCAUUGAAAAACUGUUACGUUCCACAGAGGUCUCCAGCAUAUACCUCUUGAUCAGGGAAAAGAAAGGCAAAAACGCCCAUUCGAGAAUAGACGAGCUGUUUGACGAUGUGAUCUUCGACAGACUGAAAAGGGAAUGCCCGAAAUACAAGAACAGAAUAGAAGCCAUCUCGGGAGAUUGUUCUGUUUCCGGCUUAGGUUUAAACAUCACAGACAGGCAAAAGCUAAUGUCCGACAUACACGUCGUGUUUCACGUGGCUGCAACCGUUAAAUUCGACGAAAACCUAAAAUUAGCAUACUCAAUCAACGUGAAAGGAACCAAAGACGUCCUGGAUUUGACUAGACAAAUGAAAAGUUUGAAGUCAGUAAUACACGUGUCAACCGCCUUUUCCAAUUGUCAUUUGCCAGAAAUAGAAGAGAAAUUCUAUGACUGUCCGUAUGCCUACGAAGAUAUCGGUCAAGUUUUAGAAAAACUGAACAAGAAUGAUAUAGAACAAUUGACACCGAGGAUUAUUGGACCGUGGCCAAACACAUACACGUUCACGAAAGCCUUGGCAGAGUCAAUGAUCAAAGAAACAGGAUCUGGAUUACCUAUAGGCAUCUUUAGACCAGCCAUAGUAAUAUCCACAUACAAAGAACCCGUAGAAGGAUGGAUAGACAACCUUUACGGUCCAACAGGAGUCUGCGCAGGAACUAUUACAGGAGUCUUAAGAGUGAUAAAGGCCAACGUCGACAGUAUAGCAGAUAUAGUACCAGCCGACACGUGUGUAGCUGGCCUUAUAGCUUCAGCGUACGACGUCUCGGAGAAGGAAUGUGAAAGGACAGUCGACAACAUCCCUAUAUACAAUUAUGUUUCGUCUUCUGAAAAUCCCAUAACGUGGGAUGAAUUUGUACACUUGAACUUAAUCCACGGAUCGAAAUAUCCUGUGAUAAAUUCAAUAUGGGCGUUAUCGCUAACAGUCACGUCUAAUAUAAUAGUGUAUAACAUUCUAAGGUUUUUACUUCACACGUUACCAGCACUAUUGUUUGACACUGGUGCUGUCCUUUCAGGCAACAAACCUAGAAUCCUUCAACUGUACAAAAAAAUCCAUAAGUUCACCGAAAUCCUUGUCUACUUCUGCUUCAGAAGUUGGAAGUUCUCGAACAAGAACACGGUGAAUAUGUGGUCAAAAAUGAACAGAGCGGACAGAGAGUUGUUCCCUUUUAGUAUGACGACGGUUCACUGGCUCCUUUAUUUCAGGAGAUACAUAAAGGGAAUGAGGCUAUAUCUGUUGAAAGAUCCGGAUUCCACGUUGGACGUUGCCAAAAAAAGAGACAAAAGGUAA